AUGACUAGCCCUACAGGUGUGAAACGCAAUGCCAAUCAUUUGACAGCCUCAGCCACCGACUCGAAGAAGCCCAAAGCCAAUGGCAGCAUCACAUCGUUUUUCGGUGCCCCGAAGGCCAAAGUCAAGACGGCUGAACCCAAGUCGUCAACCCCGCCUUCGUCGACUUUCAACAAGCAGAAGUGGAUAGCGUCGUUAACCCCAGAACAAGCGGAACUCCUUCGGCUCGAGAUUGAAACUUUGGACGACAGCUGGCUGGCACAGCUGAAAGACGAACUAGUUACACCGGAGUUUCUGGCGUUGAAGCAAUUUCUUGAGAAAGAAAAGCGGUCUGGGGUUAAAGUCUUCCCACCGGAGAACGAAAUCUAUUCCUGGUCCCGUCAUACACCUCUACACACGGUGAAGGCAGUCAUAGUCGGUCAGGAUCCCUAUCAUAAUCACAACCAGGCCCAUGGCUUGGCGUUUUCCGUUCGCCCUCCCACUUCGGCUCCUCCAUCUCUCGUCAAUAUUUACAAGGGUAUCAAGAAUGACUACCCCUCCUUUGAACAGCCGCCGAACAAAGGUGGUUUACUCACUCCAUGGGCGGAACGGGGAGUCUUAAUGCUUAAUACUUGCUUGACGGUUCGCGCGCAUCAGGCCGCCAGCCAUUCAAACAAAGGGUGGGAACGGCUUACUCAAAAGGCCAUCGAUAUAGUAGCACGUGUGCGAUCUCGUGGGGUGGUAUUUCUUGCCUGGGGAAACCCAGCAGGCAAGCGUGUGACGAGCAUUAACCGGCAGAAACACUGCGUGCUACAGUCGGUCCAUCCUAGUCCGCUCAGCGCGUCUAGGGGCUUUUUCACCAAUCAACACUUUAAGAAAUGCAACGAAUGGUUGGCUGAACGUUAUGGGGCAGACGAAGUCAUUGAUUGGAGUUUGACAUCAAAUGUGAAGACAACCUCUCCUUUGGCCACAAUUCAGAGUCCCUCCGUUGUUGUUGAUAAGCCAAAGACCCCUACAACGAGAGGAACUGCUCCCACACCGUCAGAGGAAGCAGACGGCGAUGCGCCACCUGACGAGUUCGAUGAUGACAUAGACGCUCUGGAGGCUCUGGCUGCAGCGGAGACAAGCGAUUGA